GCGGUAGUGGUGUUGGUUUGCAGGUUCUGUUCGCGAUGCCUGAGCCAGCCAAGUCGGCGCCCGCGCCCAAGAAGGGCUCCAAGAAGGCGGUGACCAAGACGCAGAAGAAGGGCGACAAGAAACGGCGCAAGAGCCGCAAGGAGAGCUACUCCAUCUACGUGUACAAGGUGCUGAAGCAGGUGCACCCGGACACGGGCAUUUCUUCUAAGGCUAUGGGCAUCAUGAACUCCUUCGUCAACGACAUCUUCGAGCGCAUCGCCGGCGAGGCGUCGCGCCUGGCGCACUACAACAAGCGCUCGACCAUCACGUCGCGGGAGAUCCAGACGGCCGUGCGGCUGCUGCUGCCCGGCGAGCUGGCCAAGCACGCCGUGUCCGAGGGCACUAAGGCCGUCACCAAGUACACGAGCUCCAAGUAAGCUGCUUCUGCGCUCGGCGCCGGACCCUCUCACCCCAAAGGCUCUUUUAAGAGCCACCCAUC